GAUAAAAACAGUGAACAUUGGUAGUUAGUCGCGGGUUCGUAUGUCACCAACGGGAUGGCCAAGUGAGUUUUCCAGGUUUUCUUCGUGUCUAACACUUAAACAGAGGAUAAUUUCUAAUAAAUAGUUCUCUCGAAGGACAAUUUGGCAGAUCGCCACGUAUUGCGUUGUCUUAUCCUAUUAAUCCUACAAUCCCGACAUAUUCGGGGCAUGCCGCCUUGAAAAAUUCCUGGGAUUAUUCGCCCGGAUUCGAUUUCGGGUCCCUCGGAGCAGUAGUCUGACGCCUUAACCACUUCGGUCAGAAAGAAAUUUUAAAUAUAACAAGAUUCAUUAAAAAAUAUUUUAUAAUUGUCAGCUGGCAACAGCAACUGUUUUCGAGUGGCGCCAUCUGAAAGCAAACGACUGAAGCGAGGAAGAGCCACGUGAUUGUGAAGUUAAGAGAAUAUUUAGUUAUAAGCAUAAUGACCAACGAUUCUUCUGAAUUCCUGCAAAAAUUGACAAUUCUUCUUCAAGAUAAAAAAUUUGAAGAGAGUUUAUUAAUUAUUAAAGAAAAAAAUAAUGAGGAGAAAGUCAAAGAACAUGCUUGGGAUUUAUUACCCGAGGUAUUACGAUGGUGCAGAGAUUCAGAAGAUAAUAUACAUCACUGUCAUGAAAUAUUAAUGCAUUUUGCUAAAGUAGCAAAUUCCAAAGAAAUUCUUAUUGGAUUUUUAGAAAAUUCUGAUGAUAUAAUUGACAAUACAUAUUUUAAAUCCCUUCUCAUGCCAUUGCAAACCGUUCUUUGCAAUUUACCAAAUAAAAGAGGAAAAUCCUUAGAAGGUACUUUACGGAUACUUCACAAAUAUGUUGAUUCAUUGCCACCACCCGAAGAACACAACUUGGAAGGGGAAGAAAGGAAAUUAAUGGAUCUAGAUGAAAAUGUGUGCCGAAUAAAUGAUGUAAUGCGAGCAUAUUUGCCAUUUUUCGAUCCUUUUGUGAAAGAAGUAUCAUUAGAAAAUUGUAGAAAUUGUGAGAUGCACUAUUUCGAUAGAAUAUUACAUCAGAGAAGCAUUUUAUGUAAAUAUUUAUUAGAAUUACUGGCUUAUCCUUUAGUUUAUUUGGAUCUCAGUUAUGAUAAGAAGGGAAAGUCUACUUCUCGAGUGUGUAGUGAAAGGCUUAUAAAUUGUCUCACUCAGUUACAGGGGAAUUUCUUUUUGUUAUACAAUUUAUUAGAUGACCAGAGUGAAGAUAUUAUUAAAAGAAAUGAAUAUUCUCCAGACUUAUCUAUUGGAAAUUUAGCAUAUUUAGUGUUUGUAGAGAAUCUUGGAAUUGACUGCAUACCACAGGUAUUUACACAUUCCUACAAUUUUGAAAGACAUUUAAUAUAUAUCGUGGCAUUACUUUCUAGGCAAAGUAACUGUGUUGUUUAUAAAGGAAUUCAUCUGGCAGAAAGAUUAAUUUCGAUUUUGGAAGAUAGAACAUUCAACCACGAGUAUUUAGAUAUUCCGGAAUUUUCUACCUUUCUGAAUUCAUUAUUUCAAGUUGUUUUAUAUUGUCCAAUUAAGGAAUUACAUUAUCAGGCUCGCAAUCUGUUUCUUCAAUAUCUAAAUAAAUUAGAUUCAAAAGCAGUAUAUAAUUUGCUCUAUUCACAAUUCUGCUCCCAGCGACAAGCAAAAGUGCGAGGAUUGAUAAUAAACACUUACAAGAUAUAUAUGUGCAGGUCUCUAGAGUUAAAUGAAAAUGAAUUUAUAGGUAAAAAUUUGAUAAAGUUUUUAAACAUAGCAACUAAGCUACCGAAUAAAGUAGAAACAGAUCUAUUAGAAUAUUCUGACAUAAUUUUAGAGAGUAUAAAUGUCUUACGUUACUUAACUCUUCGCAAAGACAUAACAAAAGUGUCGCAAAUCUGGUCCUUCAUGAAAAAUUUAGAAGAAAACUUCUUAAAGCCGUUACAUACAGCCUUAGAUUUGUCACGUGCUCAUUAUAAAUUACAAUUAAGCAAAGUAAAAGAAGAGAAAAACGUACCAAAGCAUGAUCCACCUAUAACAGUUACAGUCAAUAAAGAGACAUUUGAGAAUAUUCCAGCGAAUGAUCAAAUUAAAUUUUUAAAUCUUUCAUUACUCAGUUUUGAUUUAAUCGAGAGCAAUUUAGCUGCCUUAGAACAAGAUAUUCAGGCAAAUAAAGACCAAGAUUUUGAUUAAUGAAAGUGUAUGUAAAAUGUUUCAAUUCUGCACAUUGUUCAUAUACAGAAUAUAAUAAAGAGAAUUUUAAUUCUGUAUACAUGGGUGGAUCUAGAUUUUUCAGGGCCUAGGACUUACUGAAGUCCAAUAGAGCCCCAUUUUUUUGUUAGAUCAAGAUCUUUAAAUUGGAGUUUAAAAUUCAUUUUUAAUAACAUCAAAAUCAGAGUUGAAAUAUAUUUAUUUAUGAAAUGGUGUUGAAUUAAAAACUUUACAUCUUAUAUAUAAAACAAAUUAAGAAAUAAAGAAAUAUUAUUAACAAAAAUAAUUCAAUUUUUGUGGGCCCAGGGCUUAAGCCCUAUUAAUCCUAUGUAGAUAUGCCCGUGUAUACAUACCUUUUUUCUCUAUUUGCUAUUUAUUUAUUUAACUAAUCAUUAAUUAUAAAAAUUAUUUCACUAAUUAUACUUAUAAUAGGAUGAAAGCAAAUCACUUAUACUUUUUGAAUAGUUCAUACAAUUUGACACUAGUGAUUUGUGAAUAAUUUUAAAUCAUACAAGCUAAGUAAUAUCUGUAUGAAGUUAUACAUGAUGUCUGAAAAGUUACUGCACAGUAAAAAAUUUGUAAUGAUUAAUGUCAUUACAAAUUUCUUGCUGCACAAUAACUUUUUGGACACCCUGUAUAUUCAAUGUAAUGAGAAAAGUUUUAACUUCAUUUAAGUGUAAUAUAAUUCAUGAUUUUAAAUGUAAUACUUUUACAAUUAUUAUUUACUCAGUAGAUACUGAGUAAAUGACACUUGUUAUUCAAUUUAUUGGUGAAUCUUUCCAUUGAUGAAUGAUAAUAAUUGUCUCUAUACUUUUCUGACAUAUCAUUAAAUUGAUAGAUUAUUAAUUAUAUUUUUGCAAUGAUUAAAUAUAAAAAUUAUGUCAAAUUGUACGUAAUUUUAAGACAACGAACAUGCCUUAAGAUUGGGUAUUUCACUUUGAUAAAUAUUGUAGUGAGUCUACAAUAGAUUCAAUUACUCUUGUUUUAAUUUCUGAAUCUUGGACCCAUAAAAUGCUCCUUUAAUAAAUAUAAAUCUUCAAUCAUCAUUCUUAGUUCAAAAUGAAUGAAUUAUGCUUCCUUACAGAAAAUGAUGCUAGUUUAACAAAAACACUAACAAUUAUCAUCCUUUAUCAUCUAUUUUUAUUCUUAGAUUCAUUAUUCUUCUAAUACAUCUAUAUUCUUCAUAUAUAUCUCAAUUCAAUAUCUCUUGCAUGAUUUCUUCAAAUCACUUUGUAUACCAGGAAUAUUGCAUUUGAAAACUACUAUACCCAAUAUUGUUCCUUGUUUCUUUCAUGCAUUCUCAUAAUUUCCUUUAAAUAUGUAUUCAUGUUAUGAUGAUGUAUAUCAUUAAGUUUGAAUUUUUCUUGUUUAGCAUUGUUUAUUGAUUUUUGUAAUUUCAUUUAGUUACCUUUUAAUAGUCAAAUCCAAUUUUUCUGCAUUCUAAAAAUAAUAGGGAUUCAUUUUCCACAUUUUUGAGAAACCAUGUAUACUAUAUGAAACAAAAAUAAUACAUUUGAUUUUUCUCUUUAUCUCUUCAUAUUUAAUUUUGGACUUGAAACAGUUUUUCUGUUCUAUUUUCUUCCAACUAUUCUACAUAUCUGAAAACAUUAAAACUAAGAAAUUAUAAGACCAAUUUUAUUUGAACUUCAAAAACUAUGUUUAAUGUCAAAAUUUAUAUGCAACAAACAUCUUGUUUGAGUUAUCAUUCAAAAGUUGGAAAACUAUUAAAAAGCCAAGUAAAAGAAGCGAGAGUAUAAAGUAAAUACUUUUCCUCCGUCUAGAUUUUCAAUGGAAGUUUCGACAUUUAAAAGUAAUUUGUAAACAUUUCAUUUCAAGUUAUGACAUUUAAAUCUAAUUUUUGAUGUUCUAUCAAAAAAAAACUGCUUUAUAAUUUUUUGAUUUAAGUGUUUUCUUUACUUUCCACACUUUAUAACUGCUUUUAUUUAUUCUAGCAAGAUGAUUUAUCUUGAAAGAAUCUCCCAAAGAUUUACCUUUGUAAAUGAUUAUUUCUAUUUAAACAUUUUUUCUUGAUUUUUAUUUAUUUCUGCUAUCUUUCUAAUUUUAAUACUGAAAAAUG